AUGGAGCAGAAACCCGAUGCAGAUCAGCACCAUCUCUUCGAUUUGUGCGGUUCUUGUGGUGAUUUUCUCCAGAUCUUUCGCAAUUGCAGCUCCACCACCUUCAAGAGGGCGGCUCAGACAGCAGAUCGUAGCCUGAGACGGCAGCGUUUCCGUUCACACGAGGAGUGCAGCAGCAUGGCCAUGGCAGACAUGGGCUGGAUGGACAUUUGCAUAGGGGGGGGCGUCUCCCCCCCUCAGGUAAAUUUCGGCUCUUCUCACUUGCAGGCAGUGGUUUCCGAGUUGGAUGUAGUCAUAAGAGAUGUAGAAGGUUUAAAAGACCAACUAAACGCUCUACAGCAACCCAGCAAGGAUCUCUCGGUGCGAGCAGCAGUAGAAAAAGAACUCAGUCGCUGUCUGCAGCGCUGUGAACAAUUAAACAAAAAGUGGGAAUUCGAAGUUGGAGUGCUAAGUGAAGAUCUAAAAAGGCUCAAGGCAGACGAGAUAAAGGAGCUGCGUGUUUCAAUGUCUGAGCAGCUGUCUCGUUUAUCUUGUCUAGAAGGCGAUGUAUCUGUCUUAAGACAGCUGGUUCCUGCUCACGGUGCUGCAUUAAAAGCAGCAGAUGCUUCUUUACAGUUAUUAAGACAAGGAGUAGAGAGAACAGAAGCACUUGAAGGCCUCCGCUUGGAUUUAACAACUCUUAGAAAAAGCUGUCAGCAGAGUCACUCUCUGCUGCUGCAGCUGCAGCAGCAAAUCAGCAGCAGCAGCAGCAGCAACAACACUUUUGCAGAAGACGUCCGCACCCUCAAAACCACUGCCCAACAACAUGCAGACAAAAUCAAUGCCCUUAAAAAAUCGCUGUCUUUAGUGGAGGCUCAAGAAGGAAGAAGAGCGCAGGAAGUGGAGAAGAUAAUGAUUGACUUAGCAGUCGUGCAGACUGCUGUGCAGCAAAUCGCUACCCAGACGAAAGAAGAGGCGAGAAAAGAAAUAAAACAAAUUCGCAUUGAGAUGCAGACUCUGCAAGGAGAGAUCAAUCAACUCAAGGGGACAAGACUUCGUGCGGUGGAGUCGGCAGAGAGAGCAGCAGCAAGUGUUUCUCAGUUUAAACAGUCUCUUGAUUUGCUUCAACAACGAAUGAAGACAGCUUUAAAUAAUCAAAAGAUGUGCAGCCUUUCUUCUCGCAGCUCUGCUGAGGUGUAUCCUCACCUUUCUCUAUUUCCUUCAGCAGCAGCAGCAGCAGCAGCAAGCGGCAGCAAACUCGUUACUCUUCCUUCACCAAAGGAGCGGCUGCUGCAUCAACAAGCAGCAGAACGGAAGGCCCCGCAGCAGCAGCAGCAGCAGCAGCAGCAGGAACAGCAACAACAGAAGGCAGACAAAUCCAUUUCCCUUGCUGCUGCUGAAGAAGACGCCCCAGCAGCAGCAGCAGCAGCAGCAGCUGCUGCUGCUGCUGCUCCUGCUGCAUUCAAUGCUUCCGGCAGUCCUUCUGAGUUGGGCCUCGCUGGAGAUGCAAAGACACCCCAGCAGCCCCUUGUAAACUCACCCGUCCAGCAGCAGCAGCACCUGCAGCAGCAGCACCACCACCACAUGCAGCACAUGCAGCAGCAGCAUCUGCAGCAGCACCAGCAGCAGCAAGAGUUGGGUGUUGCUGCUGUUAGAACGCCGAGCAGCCCCCCGCCCUUUUCUAAACCAACUUUGCUGGGGCCUCGCAGCAGAAUUGCUGCUGUUUCUUCAAGGAGACACAGCAGCGCAGGAGCACCCCUAGAGCAGCAGCAACAGCAGCAGCAGCAGCAGCAGCAGCAGCAGCAGCAGCAGGUGGACCUCUCGCAAAGGCGCAGGGUCAACUCCAGUCACCAUGUCAACCACCAAUUGCAGAUAAAGCAGCAGCAGCAGCAGCAGCAGCAACAGCAGCAACAGCAGCAAACAUUGUUGCGAGGUUAUACAGAAGAGAGUGGGGAGCAGCAACUGCCUUCGUGGGCAUCAGCAAACGAACUUUCUUCUUCCGCUCCGUCUGCUGCUGCUGCUGCUGCUGCUGCUGCUGCUUUGCCUCCUUCAGCUUUGCGUGUGUCUCGCCGCAACAGCAACUCAACAGCGCGCGUCUCCUUUAAAAGCCCCCUCACCCGCAGCCCCAGACAACCAGAAGCAGCAGCAGCAGCAGCAGCAGCAGGGGGAGACAGCCAGCAUAAAGCAGCAGCCAGCGACGGAGACAGAGACAAAGGAGACACAGAAGGAGACAAACAAAAUGUUAAACAAGAAAACUCAAUUCUUGAAGACUUUGUUUAUUCUUUUGCAGGAAGAGCAUUUAAAAACUCAGCAGCAAAACAAAGCGGGUUUAUCUCUGCUGAGAAGGCGCUGCGUUCCUUCGGUGUAUUUCUACAAUCUGCUGCUGCAGCUAGCAGCAGCAGCAGCAGCAGCAGCAACAGCAACAGCUACACCCCACAGCCUCCAGAUCCCCAUAUGCUGCCUACUGCUUACAACUGGCGACAAGACCAGCAGCAGCAGCAGCAGCAGCAGCAGCAGCAGCAGCAGCAACAGCAGCAGGAGAGAGAUACAGUGCAGCAAGGAGACAAGAAGGAGAAUGAAGUAGAAAUGAAGAACCCCUGGAAAGAUAACAGACGACUUGAGGGCCCUUUCAGCAGCAACAGCAGCAGCAGCAGCACACGCACCGACAGCAGCAGCGGAGCCCUCAGUGGCGAUCCUCCUACCUACUUCCCCCACCCCACAGCAGCAGCAGCAGCAGCAGCAGCAGCAGCAGCGGCAGCAACAGAUUAUCAGGGCCAACUCUUUUGGAGCAGAAGCAGCAACACGAAUGGAGUAGCAGCAGCAGCUGCUGCUGCAGCAGCAGCACCCGCACCCGCACCGACAACAACCCUCGGAGAAAUGCAGCAGCAGCAGCAGCAGCAGCAACAGUAG